UUGGAGAGCUGCUGUGGCGGCGGCAACAUGGCGGACGUGAUAAAUGUCAGUGUGAACCUGGAGGCCUUUUCCCAGGCCAUUAGUGCCAUCCAGGCGCUGCGCUCCAGCGUGAGCAGGGUGUUCGACUGCCUGAAGGAUGGGAUGCGGAACAAGGAGACGCUGGAGGGCCGGGAGAAGGCCUUUAUUGCGCACUUCCAGGACAACUUACAUUCGGUCAACCGGGACCUCAAUGAGCUGGAACGUCUGAGCAAUCUGGUAGGCAAGCCAUCUGAGAACCAUCCUCUUCAUAACAGUGGGCUGUUAAGCCUGGAUCCUGUGCAGGACAAAACUCCUCUCUAUAGUCAACUCCUUCAAGCAUAUAAGUGGUCAAACAAGUUGCAGUACCAUGCAGGACUAGCCUCUGGCCUUUUAAAUCAGCAGUCAUUGAAGCGUUCCGCUAAUCAGAUGGGAGUAUCUGCCAAACGUAGACCAAAGGCUCAGCCCACAACUCUUGUCCUACCACCUCAAUAUGUUGAUGAUGUGAUCAGCCGCAUUGACAGGAUGUUUCCUGAAAUGUCCAUCCACUUAUCCAGACCCAAUGGAACAUCAGCAAUGCUUCUGGUGACCUUGGGAAAGGUGUUGAAAGUGAUCGUCGUCAUGCGGAGCCUGUUCAUUGAUCGAACAAUAGUAAAGGGAUAUAACGAGAAUGUCUACACAGAAGAUGGCAAGCUUGAUAUAUGGUCCAAAUCCAACUAUCAAGUAUUCCAGAAGGUGACAGACCAUGCCACCACUGCCCUGCUCCACUAUCAGCUGCCCCAGAUGCCGGAUGUCGUGGUCCGAUCCUUCAUGAGUUGGAGCUCGAGAUGAGAGCAGCCCCAAAGCAGCCAUUCCCGUGGGGUGCUGCAGCCGGCUCCUGCCAGUGCCUGUUCAGUAUCUUGCGAGCUGGUUCUUCAGCCACUACUAGUUUGAAAUCAAACUUGGUGGGAGUGUUGACACCACGGAAAUCGGCAAACACUACAAGUCAGGACUUCCCCCGAACCCCAGGGCCAGUUUAUCAGCAUUUAUCACGUGGCCACCAGUUGGCCUAAGCAGGGCUAACACCAUGUCCCCGCGUCCUUGACAGACGUAGCCGCCAGCUGUUCCAUCGUCAUGCUCUCACGCCGUCAUGCUCUCACGCCAGCAUGCUCACACGGCCGCAUGCUCUCACGCCAGCAGACCCCAUCGUCCACCGCUGCUGGGACUCCCUGUUUUCUUCAUGCUAGAAAGUGUGCCGGUUAGAGAACCGACUCCAAAGACCUGUUAGCAAGGCCAAAUCAGUGUGCAUCUUAUCACAUGGCAUCAACAGUGCCACUGCUCAGAGAGCCUGGAGUUCAUUCCUCGGAAGACACAUCCCUGGUGCGUUGAUUGGCUUCAUGAUGCUGGCAGAGUGGGCACAACACAGCCAGGUGCUCAGAGCUCCCACAGAGUGGUCCUUCUGUGUGUCCAGGGAACAGUUCCCCUGACCAUCUUCAGCAAGAGCUCCAAUUUCAGAUAGAUACAAAGAUUUGCUUUUGAGCCUAACACGUUGUAAUGCCCCCUUUCCCUUUGGUAACUGACUGUGGGAUUUAGGGAAGAUUUGAAUCCCAGUGACUCCACUCGGGAGGCUGAAGCAGGAGGAUCGCUUGAGCCCAGGAGUUCGAGGUUACAGCGAGCUAUGAUCGAUUGCACCACUGCGCUCCAGCCUGGGUGUCAGAGCGAGAUCUGGUCUCAUAAAAAAAAAAAAAAAAAAAAACAUUUACAUCUGUCACAGCACUCAGCACUGUGCUCAGCCCACACCAGCUAAUUAAUACGAAUCUGUUGAUUGAUUGAUUUGAGGCACAGACAUGAGUACUAUUUGUGGCAGAGACAGAACUUCUUCUACUUAGGGAAAAAUAAGUAGUUUAACUGAAGGACCUCUUGACCUCGUGUCUAUUGCCAAAACCCCCAAACACCUGGCCUUUGGAAAGGGGGACAGUACUGAUGGGCCAUGCCCUGUCACAAUGAAGGCAGCUGUGGUGAAGAUGGAAGAAUGUGUAUCAAUAAGCUCGGCCAACCUCUUCAAAUAACAGUUUUCUCUUACCGACAUAAUUCAGGAGGACAUUAAAUGACAAGAUUCACGUGCCCUUUCACCGCGAGAACUUGCUUGCCUGCUGUUUUGCGUUUGGGUAUUUUUUUCUUUGGUAGUGAAUCUCCUUGGGUUUGAGAAUUGAGUUACGGGAGGCUCAUCCUUAUGUAUGACGCCCAAGAAAGCUCUGCACUCUGAACCAUUCAAGUGAGGAUUUGCUGCUUAUGAUGUUAUUUGGUGGCACCAGGGCUGUCCCCACCCCUCCCCCCAGUAUGUCAGGCCACACUGUGACAAUGAGUGACAACCUCUGAAAUCAGAUUAGCUAGAAGGCAUGUUGACCUCCGCGGAGAACUCUGGAAUCGUCCUCGGUUCCAAGGCUUCCUCAGCACACAUGCACAGCCACCUGUUAGUAGUGGGCAAGGAGAAGAGGAUGGAUACUGACAUUCAGAAGACAUGGGACCCAGAAAGUGAAAGUGGGGUGCUGGCCCCCAGACUGCCAGACUGCUCGGUGGUUCACGGGGACUCCAGGGAGGCCUUCCUGCUUUUGAGAGUAGGGGUUUCUGUUUUCAAAACUCCCUCGGUUGGGAGGGGCACGCAAGCAUCAGACGUGAACAUCAGCAGUCAGGUGACCUUGUGGGUUCCGCCUGCUGCUCCCUGUGAAAUCACGGGGCAUCUUCCGGGGCCAAAGCCAACUUAAGUUGUCUGGGCCAUUAGGCUUGAUAGGAAGGAGGACUUUGGGAGCACCUGUAUCCCAUUCUUUCACUUCUCUCCUCGUUUCUCUUUUUAGACCUGGUUAAGAAGUUACAUAAAGCUGUUCCAGGCCCCGUGCCAGCGCUGCGGGAAGUUUUUGCAGGAUGGCCUUCCCCCGACAUGGAGGGAUUUCCGAACCCUCGAAGCCUUCCAUGACACCUGCCGGCAGUAGCCCCACGCUGGCCCCAGCCUCAGACCCCACCCAGCACCUUCCCAGACACGCAGGAAGCCCACAGAAGGCUCAGCUGGUUCCUCACCGCCCAGAUGUGUACAGCUGCUCCUCCCUUUCAUAAAACAGCGCCAUGUGUGCAGAGGCCACUCUUGAAGAGCAGACCCCCUCUGUGGCUGAUGGGACUAAUUAUUCCCACUAGCCAGCGGACUGAAGGCAAAGAAGACCUUUCUAGAACCUGGUAGAAGGAAGCUGUGCAGCAUGCUCCUCGUCCGUGUGUGUCGGCAGUGCUGGUGUCUGUCGUCUCCGCGAGCUGUUACUGGAAUGAGCCCUUGUGUUCAUGGGUAUCGUCAUGCGGGGUUCUUGUGUUUUGUGGGGCUUGGGUUUUGGUAACUUAUUUUUAUAAGCAAUAAACCUUUUGUAUCCUGGAAAA